AUGACAACACUUUCCAGCUUCAAUGAUAAAUUACAUUUAGGCCUACCAAAGGCGGAUACAGUUUCACAUUACAAUAAAGUAAUUUAUUCACAAUUAUAUUACACAACCCAUCAUAAAGUUAUUUGUACAACGUUAAACGGGAGCAAAAGUCAUUCAAUCAUGAAAUUCUUAAGUGUCGAUGAUAAUGCUAAAGGCUUUCAUCUGUGGAAUGGUUCACGAAUAACAAUAAGCAGAAAUAUAAAACAGAAAGUUGAUCUUAUAAUUAACUAUACAGAUCCUUUAACUACAUAA